AUGGGGCGUGUGCUGGUGAUACUGGUGUUUCUUCUGAAUAUUGGCGCUCUCAUAAUUUAUUUUGUCGACCUUGCUGAAACAGAGGAUUUCAAGAUCUCCUUUCCGGACAGCAUCCUCUUUACAGAUACAGGCUUCAAUGCUUUCUUCCUACUUUACUUUGGAUUACGGUUGGUGGCAGCGGAUGACAAGCUGAGAUUCUGGCUUGAGCUGAAUUCUCUUGUGGAUUUCUUCACCAUCCCUCCAGUUUUUGUUUCCUAUUAUUUAAAGAAGAAUUGGCUUGGUUUGCGUUUUUUGAGAGCACUUAGGUUGUUAGAACUUCCCCGAAUACUACAGUUCCUCAGGAUCACUAAGAACAAUUAUUCAAUCAAGCUCUCCAAACUCUUUGCUGUGUUUCUUAGCACCUGGCUCACAGCUGCGGGAUUUAUUCACCUGGUAGAAAACAAUGGAGAUCCUUGGGUCCACCCUGGAAAUUCCCAGUCCCUGAGCUAUUUCGAAUGCAUGUACCUAGUAAUGGUGACUAUGUCCACUGUUGGUUAUGGUGACGUUGUGGUUCAAACAGCCCUGGGUCGAACCUUCAUUAUUUUCUUCAUCAUUGGUGGUUUGGUACUGUUUGCAAACUUAAUCCCUGAAGUUGUGGAAAUUGUUGAAAGCCAUAAAAGUUACAAAUCCUCCUAUGAAGUGGUGAGUGGGAAAAAUUACAUUGUCGUCUGUGGUAACAUCACUCUGGAGAGCGUCACUACUUUCCUACAAGACUUUUUACUUGAGGACAAGGGAAAUGUUUGCACAGAAAUCCUUUUUCUGGGAGAGUCUCUUCCUAGUCUGGAGCUGGAAGCUGUGUUCAAAUGCUAUUCAGCUUACACUACUUUCUUUUACGGCUCUGCUUUGAACUUUGAAGAUCUAAAGAGAGUUGGGAUGGGAUCUGCAAGUGCUUGUCUGAUUCUAGCAGAUGUUCACUCUCUACAACCUUACACUGAAGAUACUUCCAAUAUCAUGAGAGUGCUGUCUAUCAAGAAUAACUACCCAAACACGAGAGUGAUUUUACAAAUAAUUCAGUCUCAUAACAAGGUAUACCUGCCAAACAUCCCCAGCUGGGAUUGGAGGACCGGAGACAGCAUCAUCUGUUUUGCUGAGCUGAAGCUAGGCUUUAUAGCACAAAGCUGCUUGGUUCCCGGCUUGUCUACACUCCUAACCACUCUGUUCAUUGGGAAAGAGAAUACUGAGACAAGGAGAAAAUAUGUGGAGAACAAGACGCUUCUGGAAGACAAAGACUACAAAGUGAUGUCUUUUCAGCUCUCCAGUGAUUUUGCAGGCAUGACUUUUAUUGAAGUUUGUCGGUUGUGCUUUGUAAAACUGAACCUUGUCUUGUUGGGUAUUGAACUCAAAUUUGGCAGUCAAGGAGAGAGCGCUAUCCUGAUCAAUCCAUCUGCACAGAUAAAGCUGCAUCGGAAUACAAUGGGCUUUUUUAUUGCUCAUUCCCUGGCAGAAGUCAAAAGGGCACACUUCUACUGUAAAGCCUGUCAUAGUGAUGUAGAGGAUCCAGAGCAGAUUAAAAAAUGUCAGUGUAGAAGCAGACUUCACGCAAAACCUCUCUCAGAGAAACUGAAAUUCUAUCGAGAAUCGCUGCGUAUUUCAGAUGGAGAUCCUGCAAAGUCACGGUCCCCUGGGGUUCUUCCACCUCUGAGUCUUAUUGAUGGGGUUUCAGAUGUCCAAGGAGAGGAGAAGAGCAGAGUCGUCCUAGAUUCAACAGGAAGGUUCCACUGGUGCGAUUCUGUUCCACUGCAAAAGGCUCUUCUGAGUUGCAAGGACCAAGCACUACUGAACCUGCGGGAUCACGUUUUGGUUUGUGUGUUUGGCGAUGCAGACUCACCACUGAUUGGGCUGCAGGACUUCGUGAUGCCCUUACGAGCUAGUAACUUCUUUUACCAUGAACUGAAAGACAUUGUUUUUCUUGGGUCUUUGGAGUAUCUGCAAAGAGAAUGGAAAUUUAUUCAGAAUUUCCCAAAGCUGUGGCUAUUCUCAGGUAGUGCUCUGUCCUGUGCAGAUCUGAGGGCAGUUAAUGUCCGGCACUGUGCUGCAUGUGCCAUUCUGUCUUCCAACACCACUGCUUUGAGCAAUCCUUCUCUGGUGGACAUGGAAAGCAUCCUAGCUACUCUGAAUGUCCGAUCCAUGCAGAGUAAGCCCAGCUCAAGCCCUCUAGAGACUGUUUUCGGAGCAAGAGCAUUGGGGAAUCAAUCAGAGCCAUGUUAUAAAAGGAUCCCCAUCACCACAGAGCUGAAGUCUUCACCAAACGCCCAGUUCAUUGAUCAGGCUUUCGACAUCAAUUCUGAGGUCCCAGAGCAAGGUCAGCUUUUCACCUCUGCGGCCUGCACGGGAGAUAUCUUCUCAGAUAGCUUCUUGAAUUCUCUUUUGUCUAUUACCUACUACAACCAUCACAUCUUGGCUUUGCUGCAGACUUUGGUGACAAGUGGGACAAGCCCAGCGUUGGAGGAACAACUGUUGGAAAAGGACAGCAUACUGAGCAGAAAUUCUGACAAAAUAAUUCACAUUGCAUCCCGAGCCAGAUCCAAACUGGCACUCCUGCCAGUGUCCAAGAGGUUAUUAACGGGUGUCAUGCAGGAGAACUCCUUUGGAGACAUUUACUGCAGAGCUUUAGACUUGUUCGGGAUACUCUGCUUUGGGCUCUACCGUCUGAUGGAAGAGCCCAAUCCAUGCAAGAAUAGGUUUGUGAUUGCUCGGCCCCGCAGUGAUUUGGAGAUGCUACCUACAGAUCUGCUCUUCUGUAUUGUUCCAUUCAACAUUGCAACAACUGAUGACCUGUGACAUGGGAUGGAGAGUCGGUUCCAAGCAAGAAAACAGCCCUCCUCAGCAGCCAGAGACCCUAAAGAAAUGAUAGAUUCUCCCUGUCCUGGGCCCCAGUUGCAACCUGCAUCAUGUCACCCCUUGGAGAUGGUGCUUCCUCCAGUUCAGCUGUGUCAGGACACCACAGCCUUGACCAGGACUACUCAGCUCUCCCAUGUUAGCCUGGACUCAGUUCCAUCCUCGAUGAUGUCCCCUCCAAGCCAUCAGAGUGAUGUGACUAGCAAGAGAGAUUGCUUCCUGAGUUGCCUAGGUCAACACAGCCUUGUCCACAAUUCUGGGCUCUGGUGCUUGUUGAGGUGAGGGCAUGAUCUACUCUGCUCCACCCUUCCUCCUGCAAAGGUCAUUCACCGGCUGAUUUCAAUCAUGCGUGCAUCUAGCUGAACUGCCCAGCUGCCUGAUAAAGGAAUCUGAGCCUGCAAUUCCACAAUGACAAAAAUUACAGCCAACAGCUAGUGCCAUGCAAGUACACCCAAGCUGAUGUUGAGCUGACAACUCCAGAACGGGAAUCAGCAAAGAGAAAAUGGGAAGCUCACAGGACUCCGAGUGAUUACCCUCAGUCCCGGUAGAAAGCCAUUCGAGAGCGCUGUAUCAGGAGCAAACGCCGUCUCCUGAACCACCUGAAGGCUUGACACAUGAGAUCAAGCGUCUUCUGAGCGCACCAAACAGUACUUCUGCACUGCCCUGCAGUACCUAGCAGCUCUUUACUAUCCCCCUGUACUCUCAGGGCCCACGAUGGUACACCACAUUUCAAAUGAGGCCUCCCUUACGCACCGUGUAUUCCUGUGCCGAAGUAACCUCAGCAGAUUUACACUCCCUCUGUUUACAGCACUUUCCCAGUGAACGACAAAUGAACAAGCUUCUAUUGCUGUGAAUAGCAACAAGGUGACCGCUUACCAGCCUGUAAAAUCUGGUAUCAUCCCUCCUGAAGUCAAAGCUUGACUUUAAGAAAAUUCUUACUGGUUUCUCCAAGGAACGUGUCCCUGUGCUGCUGCAGAAUCUGGUUUGCCACAGAUAAAAGAUCAAGGCCCACAUGCAGUCCGCACCCCACAACCAAGCAAGGAAGAAAGCAGACAUUGUCCAAGAAACCUUGCAGGAGACCUUGGUACACAGUACCACGAAACAUCAGCCGAAACUGAACUGCAGAGUCUGAAGUCGGUGCCUUAUAAGAAACCUGCUCUGUGUCUCAAUCUAUGGACUUUCUGUGCGUCCACGUACCCUCUCACACACCAAGAACUGUUACUCGUUAGUGCUGCUCUAAAUGUCAGCUGAGAACUGACAUCUUUGUGACAGUGGUGAAUUGUCGCCGUUUCCAUUGUCAUGUGCCUGGUAAGAGAUGCAGCCCCCUGUUCCUAACUGGCUGAAGGAAAUCUGCCUGUUGCAAGAGAGGGGGAACAAAGACCCCAUUCCCCAGGCAGACCGACGCAGCAGUUUAUGUACUCCUUUACAACCCCCGGCAGAAGGCUUUCAAGUCUGUGGUGUCUGUGGAACUUCGGGAUGUUAUAUGGCAUUAUGCGAAGGUGGCAGAGUGAC